AUGAGCCCAUUAGUCUCUUUGUCAAACCCAAACCCAAACCCGAAGGUUGUUUCUCUUCCCGCUCAAUCGCCCAACUUUCAAAUUUCUGCACACUUUUUAUAUUUCCCAGAAAUUUCUGCUUACUUAGAACUGCAGUGACAAGACAUUUGCAACAUUACAAUUGUAAGCUUCAAAAUUGGCAUAUCAUCAUGACUUCACGAUCAGUUGAUUUGUGGGCAGAACUCAUAGCUGCUGAACAAGAACACUUUGAUCGUCCCUCUCAACAAAUUCAAGAACCAAAUAUUGCUGUUGUAUAUCGGCGGCAAAAGCCCCAUAGUAUUACCCCAAAAGAUGCCGAAGGGAGGCAAUCGACUUCGAAUUCGGGUAAUGAAAAUCGACUGAGUUUUCUACCUGUUAAACGAAUCAGUUGGAAUCGUUCCCUUUCCACCAGGGGGAGAACCAGUAUUGCUGCUGUAUGUGCCGAAAUACAUCCUCAACAAAGGAAGCCUGGUCGAAAAGCAAAACCACCUCUUCCAAGGGGUAAAAAGGUUGAAGCUCCGAACUAUGAAAAGGAGCGAGCAUAUUUUCAAGAAGUUGAUGAUUUUGAACUAAUGGUGGAAAGCCCCUCCCCAAACAAAUGCAGUACAUGGACUGUGGGCAUCCAAACUGAUGACGUCGUUAUAUCACGCCUGUCCUCAGUACUACAGAAAUGGUUGAUUUCUAAGAAACUUAACGAUUCCUAUGCACCUCCCGCUUCAUUAUCGAAGAUAUUAGAAACCCCAGCUUCACGCAAAGAAUCUGCUAUCAGAUUUAUUUAUGGAUCCUCAACUGCGAAAACCCCAGAAAAAACAUCAUUGCGAAUUCCCUCUGGUUUGUACUCCAGCCAGAAUAAACGCAUUGGUUUUACAAUUGAAGAUGUGUCCAGAGAGCAGCCUUUAUCAGAAAAAGGCAUUGGAGAAAUAUGUCCCAUGGAUGAGGAAGGUUGCGAAGAUAUCGAUGUAGCUGUUAGUAAACUUUCUCUGACUUCCAGGCCUUCUUCAGUGGAUGGUCACACUUGGGAUCCAUUUUUGGCUCUAUUGGCAGCAUGUGGACAGUCUGCCCCUUUAACAUUAUUGGAGAUAUUAUCAAAGUAUUGUGAGACGCAAACAAUUGCCAAGGUUGGAGAAGGCACAUUUGGGGAGGCAUUUAAGGUUGGCGAAAAUGUCUGCAAAAUUGUCCCAUUCGAUGGAGAUUUCCGAGUAAAUGGAGAAUUACAAAAGAAAUCAGAAGAGCUACUUGAGGAAGUCAUACUCUCUGGCACCCUUAAUAGCUUAAGAGCUCAUGAGGGUCAUCUCCUGAACUCCUGUUCCACCUUUAUACAGACAAUGGACAUGAGGGUGUGCCAAGGCCAUUAUGAUGCAUCCCUAUUAAAAGCAUGGGAAGACUGGGAUGGGAAGCAUGGUUCAGAAAAUGACCAUCCUAAGGAAUUUCCAGAAAAGCAGUGCUAUGUUGUGUUCGUUCAAGAACAUGGAGGAAAAGAUCUUGAAAGUUUUGUGCUGUUAAACUUUGACGAAGCCAGGAGUUUAUUGUCCCAGGUAACUCUUGCUUUGGCUGUAACUGAGGCUGCAUAUGAAUUUGAGCAUCGCGAUUUGCACUGGGGAAAUAUUCUACUAAGUCGGAAAGGGUUAGAUACAGUGCAAUUUACUCUUGAGGGAAAUGAAAUACACGUCAGAACAUAUGGAUUAUUGGUUUCAAUAAUUGACUUCACUCUUUCCAGGAUAAAUACAGGCGAAGACAUACUUUUUCUGGACCUGUCAUCAGACCCCGAACUCUUUGAAGGUCCAAAAGGAGAUAAACAGUCUGAUACAUACAGGAAAAUGAGAGAUGUCACAGGCGAAUUUUGGGAAGGAAGUUUCCCCAAGACAAAUGUGCUAUGGCUACAAUACUUGGUUGACAUACUGCUGCUAAAGAAAUCAUACGAAAGCAGCUCCAAAGAUGAGAGGGAGCUACGUUCUCUGAAAAAGCGUCUGAAUAGCUAUGGUUCCGCAAGAGAAGCAACAUCGGAUGCUUUCUUUUCUGACUUAAUCAUUAACCUCCAGCAUUGAUUGGCAAAAAUCCCUCAAGAAACUAAGAUAUUUGCUGUG